CAAAACAAAAUGGCUGAAUUUUCUGGUCCGCAAAAUGGGAAAGGACCAGAUCCUGUGCAAAUUACAUUGCAACGAAAAGCUGAGUUAAAAGCCAAAGGAAAGUUUAUACCACCUGAGCAAUAUGGAACAUUGUUGAGGGAUUCCGCUAUUGAGCGUUGGGGGUCAAUGAGGGAAACCACUCAGGAUCACUUCAAGUUUCGUCCGAGAACUGUCUUCCUUGGUCUCAUGUGGUGUGCUGUUGUUCCAGCCGCUUAUUUUUUCUUCCUAAAAUGGGAGAGUAAACAAAAACACUUCUUAAGUGGAAAAACACCACAGGAACAUUUGGCCGAGAAUUCAUCAACGUGACUUUGAGGAGAACAGUGCAAAGUGCUGUUUUGAUAAAACUAUUAUGAAGAUGAACAGAUGGUUGUAUAUACAAAUAUGUGAGCUAUGUGUGUGAUCUUCUAUGAUAAAGUGAAGGAAUUUUUGACUUUUUACUAGUAACUUCUGUUUCACCUUCUAAAAAACAAAUAAAAUGUUUUGCUUGAAUAUUGUCCAUGGAAACCGCAUGUAUCAAAAUAGACAAAAGAGCAUUCGAGAGUGAAUUCUGUUUUUUCCAACUUCCAAGUCAGCAACUUGCAAACCAAAAGCCAAAUGAUAAAUGCAGAUUGACCAUAGUUCAAAAAUUAUUCAAUGCAUAGUAAUGCCA